UUUGCCUUUCAGUUUUCAGCUGUCAAAUGCUAAAGUCAAAUUGACAGUUCACAAACAAAUUAUCUUAUAUUUACGAUUGCAAAACAAAUACGAUUAAAAAAAUAUUAAAGAAAUUAAAAACAUAUUUACCAUUUGAAUGGACUCAAGGGAUACAUGCGUUUCGACUUUUUCAUUAGUAUAAGAAAUUUAUAACAAACAUGGCAGCUAUUCUAGGUGGCGGCCUCGGAGGUCUGUCCACAGGUUAUUACCUUCUUAAAAACAAUUUAAUCACUACAAAUGCUCUGAAACUGUAUCUAUUAGAAGCCAGUAAUAGCUGCGGCGGCUGGAUCAAAUCCAUCAAGACGAAAGACUACGUUUUCGAGCAAGGACCGCGGACUAUUCGCCCGAAAGGCACCACCGGCUUAAACACUUUAAACAUGAUUCAAGACCUAGGUCUGAGCGAGCACAUCUCUCCUAUCACCCCCGAACACCCCGCUGCUAAGAAUAGAAUGAUCUAUGUGAACCACUCCCUGCAUUUGCUGCCAUCAAGUUUAAAAAGUGUGUUCCAAACUAAGCAACCAUUCUCGAAACCUUUAAUAUACGCUGCGUUCACUGACUUAAAGCAAAAGCCGAAGAAAGAAAUGAAAGAUGACUCCAUUUACAACUUUGUUGAGAGAAGAUUUGGUAAAGAGAUAGCAGAUUAUGCUAUUUCACCAAUGAUAUGUGGCAUAUGCGCUGGGGAUGCCAAAGAGAUAUCAGUAAAGUUCUUAAUGAAAACCCUCUUUGAAUGGGAACAGAGCUAUGGCGGUGUUUUAAAAGGAUUCAUGAAAACUAUGUUCAAACCUAGCAGCGAAGAUACUUUAGAAUUGAGUGAGCUAGCAAGGAGAGCUCAGGAAGAAAAGUGGAAUGUUUACACAAUAAAAGGAGGCCUGGAGACUUUUCCGUCAGCUCUCCACAACUAUCUCAAGACAAAUAAUGUGAAUAUCCAAAUGAAUAGCAAAAUAGAGGAACUAGAGUUUGUUGAUUCCAGUACUGUGGUACUUAAGAAUACUUCUGGAGAAGAGCUAAAAGCUAAUCAUGUUUAUUCCUCGAUUCCAUCGCAUUGUUUAGCCAAAUUAAUUGAAAAACAACAUCCACAGCUAGCCGAGACUCUAAAUGAGAUACCGUUUGUCACAGUGGGUAUAGUGAACUUGUUUUUUGCAACUCAGCAGCCUAUAACCCCGGCAUUUGGGUUCCUUGUGCCUCCUAUAGAAAACUCCCCCAUAUUAGGAGUAGUUUUUGAUUCAUGUUGCAUCCCAGACCAGAAUGGCACAGUUCUUACUGUGAUGCUGGGAGGCAGAUGGUUUAAGGAGAAAUUUGGAGACAAUGUGACAGAGCAAGACCUUCUAAGAAUAGCCAUGAAGGAAAUUCAAAGCAUUCUUAAUAUAAAAGAACAAGCAACAGAGUCACAUGUAAAUAUUCUAGAGAAAUGCAUUCCACAGUAUGUUAUAGGGCACUAUGAGAGGGUGGAUGGUAUUCGGAAGUACAUAAGGGACCAUAACCUUCCUAUUUCCAUUGUCGGGAGCAGUUAUGAUGGAGUAGGUAUUAAUGAUGUAAUCUUUUCUGCCAAAAAGCAGGUUGAAGGAUGUGUUUGAGAAUGGAAAUAAUUUUAUUAUAUUGGGAUUGGGUGCAAAUUAACGUGUAGGUAAAUGGUGAAUUUGUCUUCCAAAAUGAGGUACACAAACUAUUUAAUUAAUGUGUUUAAGUUUUUUUACUGCAGAAAGACUAUAAUAACGAUGAAUUAAUGAGUACCCUUGUUAAAAUAAAAAUAGGUUAUAUAAAUAUUAUAAAAAAUAUGGAUAUAAAAGCAUCAUGACAUUGGUUUUAUUUUAUUAAGGGUACCUCUGUUUUAUCUUAAAUGUAUGCAUUAUGAAAUUCCUUAAAGCAUUUCUAGUAUAUCAAUGUAAUAUUUUGUCAAUAUUUUAAUAAAGUUUUUCAUAUAUUCUUCUACAGAUAAUUUGGGAAAGAAAAUACUUUGUUUCAGAUGCAAAACAUUUUAUUUGGUUACAGUUAACUGGUACAAUGUUGUCUGUAUUUAUGUGCAUAUAAAAUUUUAUAAAGCUAUACAUAUAUUGAUUACAAUAUGCUGUGUAAUAAAAAUAGAUUGCAUAUUGCACUUAAGUACUUGCUUCAACUAGCAAAAACAAUAUGUUACGAGCGUUGACAUAUCUAAGGAUGGGCCUUACGGGCAAUAAGAAUGGGGCCAGAACAGCGGUGUCACACACACAAAUUUGAGCAAAUCGUGCAGUCUAACGCCACAACACGAUUGGUCGAUGAGUUCGCAUUAGCUCGAAUUUGUGAGUGACACUACUGAACUAGCAUCUUCGUGCCCGUAAGGCUCAUCCUUAGAUAUAUGUCAAUGGUUACGAGAUCUGUUAAGCUGAAUAUAAAUGUGUUAUCACAAACUGUUCAUAUAACAUAGUUAUAUAAUUAUUAUCUGCCAACUUCUUUUACGAAUAAAUGAAUUGUAAAACUUU